CGGGACGUAUCACAGCUGUCACACCGGCCUGAUGCUGUAGCUCCACGAGGCCUCUCCUGCACCAGGCUGAACAGCUGAUGAGGGUGAAGUGAAGUGAAGGGGAGGGACUGAACCCUGCAGGAAGCUUGAAGGCAGAGCCUCAUUUCAAUGAAGUCACUGGUGUCUGUUGUCUGCUUUUAUCUCUCUGUGCUGGUGAGUGAACUCCUGUCUUGCACAUCUUUGAGUCUCUGAUAGCAAAUCACCACUGACACGUCGCAGACCACAGCAGCAGCAGCAGGCAGAAGAGGCUCUAUGGCACGCAGACAUUUCUUUAAAGUUUGUCUUCUGAGAUAAGUUGCAAGGUGUUUUUUUUUUAUCUGACAAUGUCACUCAGGCAAAUGUCAAGUUCAAAUGAGUUUCAAGCUUUAGACUGGAAAUACUGGCGUUAGGAAAAGUUGUUUCACUCGUCCUGAACUGCGUCUAAAGGGCAGAACAAUGAAUAAUCAGUCGAUGACCGGGAGGACCAUGGUGCCGACCAUUCCGUCUAUUAUGUUUAUUUUCGGGGUGGUUGGGAAUGUCAUCGCCAUCGUGGUUCUCUGUAAAACUCGCAAAGAGCAGAAGGAAACCACGUUUUACACGCUGGUGUGUGGACUGGCCGUCACGGACCUGCUGGGCACAAUGCUGGCCAGUCCGGUCACCAUCGCCAUCUAUGUGAAAGGAUCAUGGCCCGGUGACGACCCGCUGUGCCAGUACUUUGGAUUCACGAUGCUUUUCUUCUCUCUGGCGGGACUCAGCAUCAUCUGUGCCAUGUCGGUGGAGAGAUACAUCGCUAUAAACCAUGCAUACUUCUACAAUGAUUAUGUGGACCAGAAGUUGGCGGGUUUAACUCUGCUAACGAUCUACAUCUCCAACGCGCUUUUCUGCGCUCUGCCGAUUAUGGGCUUUGGACAGGUGAAGAAACAAUACCCGCAAACCUGGUGUUUUCUGGAGUGGAGGAGCAACAAGACCAGCGAUGCAGCCUACUCCUACAUGUAUGCAGGUUUCAGCUCGCUUCUGAUUCUCGCCACUGUUAUUUGUAACGUGCUGGUGUGUGUGGCUUUGAUGAGGAUGCAUCGGCGCUUCGUGCGCAGGAUGUCGCUGGGAACCGACGUGGGGCGAAACGUGGAUCCGCGGAGGAGAGGACGCAGCUUUGGGCGUCUGGCCGGUGCAGAGAUUCAGAUGGUCAUUCUGCUUAUAGGCACAUCUGCAGUGGUGCUCAUCUGCUCCAUCCCCCUUGUUGCACAGGUGUUUUUAAACCAGCUCUACAAAACUCCAGUUGAGCUGAUCUUGGAGAAAAACCCAGAUCUAAGAGCGAUACGCUUCGCCUCCUUCAACCCGAUUCUGGACCCCUGGAUCUACAUCCUGCUGCGCAAGGCUGUUCUCCUCAAACUCAUUGAGAAAAUCAAGUGUCUGUUUUGCAAAAUGGGAGCAAGGGGGCAACAGAGACAGGGAAACUUCCACUGUAUAGAUGCUCAUCAGCUCUCCUCGGUCAUCUCCAACCGAGACUCUAUGCCAGAUGUCAACAGCACCUCCCACACCUUCCUCUACUUGCCAGAGGGAUGUGAGGUGUACCCUGGAAGCUGUCGUAAAGCAGACAGACUCUCUGGCUCACGAACUUCCUCGGUCAGAAACUCACAAGCUUCUUUAUCGUCUGAGCAGGGCAGUAUUGGAGCUCAGAGCAGAAAAGGCACAGAUGUAAUCAGGGACCGUCCAAAAGAUCCUGCAAUCCAGAUGUCACUGAACACAGAGACAGCAGAAGAGAAAUGCAUCUGAACUAACUGAAUCAGGAGAAAGUUCUCAGAUCGCUCAAAGGUAGAUCAUCUACUGAAUUACUUCUCAGUAAGUGAACUUUGAAAAUCCUAAAAAAUGGGGUUGGCACAUAAUAAAUAAUGAAUGACUCCACGCAUGAAGUUGGACACAUGCAGCGAGGAAGAGACGGAUAAACUUGAAGUGCUAUGAGCUUUGUCAUCUUGUUUCUGCACCCAGCUACCUCAGAGAUGCCUAUCUGUGACUGUGGGAACAGAUUUUGUCAUUUUGCCCAAAACAGCAGUUAUCAAAGCAGAGAUGACCCACUUCUCCAUGGCUCAAGUAUCAGUGGGUGAAAAGCUAUCCCUUCUAAUUUCAGCUACUUUGUUCAAUCGUUGUGGAAACCAUUACAGUAAAGUGGAUGGAGCCAGUAAUUUCGAAUAAUUGAGUCACAAGCUUGUGGUCGAUAUGGUAAAUGAAAACAGUGCUGAACGUGAUCCUUAUGAGUAAUCACUGGCACAUGUGCUGCCAUUGUAAGGGUCAGGUUGUUUAACAAACUCCAUUGUACAGUGCUUUUUGAAGGAGGUAUUGUGUUAGUUCUAUGACUAAUGUACAGUGCAGUAUUAUUAUGUGGUGAAAACCAGUGUUUUUGUUCCUCUUUCCUGGAAUACACACAAAUAUGUCAUCUCAAAUUAAGAAAACAUUGUUUUCCAUCAUACAGUGGAGGCACAACGAUUCCUGUGCCAUAAUUAUUAACACCAAACCAAUUUAAAUCUGACUGAUGGUUGUGUUGGACAUUUUUUCCACGGCUACAGAAAAUAUGGUGUAAGUCGGUGGACAGAUGUUGGUUGGUGCGGAGCAUUUUUCGGCCCAGCUGUCAGUUUCAGAAGAACAAUGUUCUAAAUGAUCGAUGUUGUGUCAAUUAUUGUCUGUAAUAAAACUAUUCUUCUCUAAGAGAAGGUUCUAGUUAAUAAAUCACAACUCUACAGAUGUAUUUCUCCACAUUUAUUAAAUUCAAUGUCAUUUAACCUUUGUCAUGUCUGGAAAUCAGAAGUCAAAUAUUUGGAUGUUGUGUUUUAGUUACUUCUCCAACCAACAGUUAUUCUGCCAGUGACUGUUUCACAUAAUUGGGUAAUUCUUUGAAAAUCUUGAAAAUGACCCAUCGCAUGCACCUUCCAGGAACACGAGGCAAAGUCUGAGCUGUGAACUCUGUUUUUUCCAACAGAAGUCAGUGCAGAAGCCACAAAUGUUAAGUUUCCAAUGAUAUAAAACAGAGGAAAUCACAAAUAACUCAAAUAGUUUGCGUCAACACCCGCAAAUGUUCGGUACUUUGUUUGAAAAGUAACAGAACAGUUGCUAUGUUCAGCUCUAGUAUCCAUGAAAUCCCUUUCUGUGCAAAGCUGCAUUUUUAACAUAGGCAAUGUUCCCUCUUUUAAUGUGCUAUAAUGUCAGUCAAUUGACACCGUCUGCUCCCGUCUCACCAACAUAUAAUAGAAUGAACUUUUGAACUCGUGUUCGUCUGAGCUUUUCCACUCAAAUGAGCUUUAUGUCUGCAGUUUCAGCAGCUUUGAAAAACGCUCGCCGCCUCCUUUUCCAUUUUUUUAAAUUGACUCCAGAUUGUUGCCUAAUGUCGUGGAUUAUGUUCUGCCAUUCUCGUCUCUUAUGUUACCAUUGAUUAUAUAUUGAU